AUGGAUAGUCUUUUCAGUUCAGCUGGUAGUAAAGCAGCAGCGGAAAUUAGAGAUAGUACGGUAGAAUCGAUCCAAAUAAUCGGUCGGGAUUUUGGGACGUCAGUCAAGACAUUCUCAAAGAAUUAUUAUCGAUCAGUGGAUAUUUUCAGCGAUCGUAUGGUUCUUGCCAGUCCUCAGUUAGGAUGCAAUAUUGGUUAUGAUACAGUGAAAAUGAUUCUUGACAAUCGUCUCAUCCAAUUACUCCUCGCAAUAUUGUGCUGCUAUUUCUCGGACAAGACACUAACACUCUUCUAUCAAUUAACAACAUAUUUAACAACUACAAUUGCUGUUCUACUUCUUCGUACAGUUGAUUAUGGGAUUUAUUUCUUAUUUCUUCGAGCUAUUCUAUAUUAA